AUGUCUCUUACUAAUCUUCAAAACUUUAUUUUUAAUAUUUUAAAAGAAACAAAAUAUAACAUAGUACAAGAUAUUAUUUUUAGUAGAACUUCUGCUCUUGCAGAAAUAUUAGGCAAUGACUUUGGAUUAGGUUCUCCAAUAGCUGUAUCACCAUUAUUAGGUCAAAAAGACCUUCUACUUUAUGAAAAUAGAACACAAAAAAAAUAUAUUAUAGAAUCAUCAGAUAAAUCUAAUAAAAGACAGAAGUUAACUACUAAGAAGAUUGAACCCUUUACAGUAAAAAAACUUAUCAAAAAAUUAAAAGAUGAUAGUGUUAAUAAAGAUUUAAUAUUUGCUUUUCAGUUAUCUAAAGAUAGUUAUACUUAUCUUUACAAAGAAAUUGUUAAAGCCAAAGCUAAUAAUGAUAUUGCAAGUCAAAAGGCCCAAAGUAAAGUAGAUAAAGAAGUAAAAGAGCAAUUGCCUAAAGAGAUUAAUGAUACUAUAUGUUGA